GCAUGCGUGUUGUGUACAAAUCUGUGCGACUGAGCCGGGUACGGUGUUCCUGCGGGACUGUCUGUGGCUUCGCGUGGGUGGAGGAGGCGCGGCUGCAGGUCUUUAAGAAAUAGAAAUGGCAUCCAAAAGAGCUCUGGUCAUCCUAGCCAAAGGAGCAGAGGAGAUGGAGACAGUGAUUCCUGUGGACAUCAUGCGGCGAGCUGGGAUUAAAGUCACCGUUGCAGGCUUGGCUGGGAAGGACCCCGUGCAGUGUAGCCGUGAUGUAGUGAUUUGUCCGGAUACCAGUCUGGAAGAAGCAAAAACACAGGGACCAUACGAUGUGGUUGUUCUUCCAGGAGGAAAUCUGGGUGCACAGAACUUAUCUGAGUCGGCUUUGGUGAAGGAGAUCCUCAAGGAGCAGGAGAACAGGAAGGGCCUCAUAGCUGCCAUCUGUGCGGGUCCUACGGCCCUGCUGGCUCACGAAGUAGGCUUUGGAUGCAAGGUUACAUCGCACCCAUUGGCUAAGGACAAAAUGAUGAACGGCAGCUGCUCGCAGGACACAGAGAAAUCAAGCUGGGCUGACCUGAAAACUUCCUCCUGGUGUCGAGCGUUCGUAGCGCAGGCCUCUGGGGGAAGAAAAGUCCUCAAGGAUAUUACAGCAAGCCCUCCAUGCGACGGUACUGACCUGCCAGUCAAGAGGAGCUGUGAAGGUUACAGGGAUAGCCAAACACUGAAGGCCCGCUCUGCAGGAGGGGGUUCAUGCUUGACACUGAGAGCCUGAACCAAAGCCCAUGGCUCCAGAGGGUAUAGGCUGUAGUAGGAGAAAAGUACUACCAUUGUUUCUCUAACAUAUUCAUGUUUGUGCCCCCCUCCUAGUUAAGGUUUCUAUUGCUGUGAUAAAAGAUCAUGACCUAAAGCAGCUGGGGAGGGAAAGGGUUCACUUCAGCUUACGUUCUGACCGCCACACUCCAUCACCGAGGGAAUGAUGCUGGAGCGGAACUGAGGCCAUGAAAGUAGAACCAUUCACUGGCCCGUUCACCUACUUUCUUAUAGCAGUCAGGACAGCCUGCCCUACGGUGUAGGGGUGGGGUGAGGAGGGAGCUGAGGUACAGAGGUCAGAGGAAAACCUGCAGAGGUGAGUCCCCUCCACCAUGUGAACCAGUGACUGAGCCACCAUGCUUGGCUGUCAGAACCUGCAAUCCUUAUUCUUUCCUUUGGCGUUUUUCUGUCUAAAACUAGAUGCUUAUCUCAUUAAUUCUGGGAUUUUUCUUCUCAACUGGGCUGUAGGCCGGAUUACUUUUAAUCCCAGCACUCAGGCAUAUCCUUGAGUUCAAGGCCAGCCAGCCUGGUCUACAGAGUGAGUUCCAAGACAGCCAGAGCUGCACAGAGAAAUUCUGUCUCAAAAUAAAUAAAUUUAAAUAAAAUAAAUAAAUGGAAGGA